AUGGGUGUUACAAAAGAAGUUUUGAGAGCCGGUGAUGGUACCAACUUUCCAACGUCGGGGAACAAUUUGGUCAUGCACUACGUAGGCACACUGGCAUCCAAUGGUCAAAAGUUUGACUCGAGCAUCGACAAAGGACGUCCCUUUCGGUUCAAGAUUGGCGUGGGGAAAGUCAUUAGAGGGUGGGAUGAAGGCGUCAUGACAAUGAGUCUGGGAGAGAAGGCCAUUCUGCACAUUUCUAGCGACUUUGGAUAUGGAGCUCGUGGUGUCCAAGGAUACAUCCCGGCCAAUGCAGACUUGGAUUUUGAAGUGGAACUCCUCGAAAUCAACCCAUAG